CCCGGCCUGUGGGAGCGCGGAGGAUGAGGCCGCUGCCGGGCGCUCCUGGCGUGGCGGCGGCCGCCGCGUUGUUGCUGCUGCUGCUGCCCCGGGCUCGGUCUGACGAGCACGAACACACGUAUCAAGAUAAAGAAGAAGUUGUUUUAUGGAUGAAUACUGUUGGGCCCUAUCACAAUCGCCAAGAAACAUAUAAAUACUUUUCACUUCCAUUUUGUGUGGGGUCAAAAAAAAGUAUCAGUCAUUACCAUGAAACUUUGGGAGAAGCGCUUCAAGGAGUUGAAUUAGAAUUUAGUGGCCUGGAUAUUAAAUUUAAAGAUGAUGUGAUGCCAGGUACUUACUGUGAAAUUGACUUAGAUAAAGAGAAGAGAGAUGCAUUUGUGUAUGCUAUCAAGAAUCACUAUUGGUAUCAGAUGUACAUAGAUGACUUACCAAUAUGGGGUAUUGUUGGUGAAGCAGAUGAAAAUGGGGAAGAUUACUAUCUUUGGACCUACAAAAAACUUGAAAUAGGCUUUAAUGGAAAUCGAAUUGUUGAUGUUAAUCUAACUAGUGAAGGAAAGGUCAAACUGGUUCCAAAUACUAAAAUACAGAUGUCAUAUUCGGUAAAAUGGAAAAAAUCAGAUGUAAAAUUUGAAGAUCGAUUUGAUAAAUAUCUUGAUCCAUCCUUUUUUCAACAUAGGAUUCACUGGUUUUCAAUUUUUAAUUCCUUCAUGAUGGUGAUCUUCUUAGUGGGAUUAGUUUCAAUGAUUUUAAUGAGAACUCUAAGAAAAGAUUAUGCCCGGUACAGUAAAGAAGAAGAGAUGGAUGACAUGGACAGAGACCUAGGAGAUGAGUAUGGCUGGAAGCAAGUCCAUGGGGAUGUGUUCAGACCGUCAAGUCACCCCCUGAUAUUCUCCUCCCUCAUUGGCUCUGGAUGUCAGAUAUUUGCUGUGUCUCUCAUUGUUAUUAUUGUAGCCAUGAUAGAGGAUUUAUAUACAGAGAGGGGCUCAAUGCUCAGCACAGCCAUAUUUGUCUAUGCGGCUACAUCUCCAGUGAACGGGUACUUUGGAGGGAGUCUGUAUGCUAGACAAGGAGGAAGGAGAUGGAUAAAGCAGAUGUUUAUUGGGGCAUUCCUUAUCCCAGCUAUGGUGUGUGGCACUGCAUUCUUCAUCAACUUUAUAGCCAUUUAUUACCAUGCCUCUAGAGCCAUUCCUUUUGGAACAAUGGUGGCCGUGUGUUGCAUCUGUUUCUUUGUUAUCCUUCCUCUAAACCUCGUUGGUACAAUACUGGGCCGCAAUCUGUCAGGUCAGCCCAACUUCCCUUGUCGUGUCAAUGCCGUGCCUCGUCCCAUCCCGGAGAAAAAAUGGUUUAUGGAGCCUGCAGUUAUUGUUUGCCUGGGAGGAAUUUUACCUUUUGGUUCAAUCUUUAUUGAAAUGUACUUCAUCUUCACGUCCUUCUGGGCGUAUAAGAUCUACUAUGUCUAUGGCUUCAUGAUGCUGGUGCUGGUCAUCCUGUGCAUUGUGACUGUCUGCGUGACCAUCGUCUGCACGUACUUCCUGCUGAACGCAGAGGACUACAGGUGGCAGUGGACGAGUUUUCUCUCUGCGGCGUCAACUGCAAUCUAUGUUUACAUGUAUUCCUUUUACUACUAUUUUUUCAAAACAAAGAUGUAUGGCUUAUUUCAAACAUCAUUUUACUUUGGAUAUAUGGCGGUAUUUAGCACAGCCUUGGGGAUAAUGUGUGGAGCAAUUGGUUACAUGGGAACAAGUGCCUUUGUUCGAAAAAUCUAUACUAAUGUGAAAAUUGACUAGACGCCUGGGCCAGCCGGGGACUCCGGAUCAGUUUCUCUUUCAUGAGGGUGGAACUUGCACAGCAAAGAAGAAUAAUCGCAAGAAGAGAUGUGGGCUUAACACUGGGUACUUUGUGGGUCUCUUGUGGAUGGCUUCAAGUAACAUCUAUUUCCAUUGAUCCUAGGUUCUUACUGACUGCUUUCUCCAACUGUUCACAGCAGAUGCUUGGAUUUUAUGCAGUAGGCAUUACUACAGUACAUGGCUAAUCUUCCCCAAACUAGCUCAUUAAAGAUGAAAUAGACCAGCUCUCUUCAGUGAAGAGGACAAAUAGUUUAUUUAAAGUAUUUGUUCCAAUAAAAUAACUAGAGGGAAACUUGGAUGCUAAAAUUCCAUAAGUAGAAAUCUUCCUGGCACUUGGUGUUUCUAUGUUAUUGAAAAAUGAUGUUCCAGAAAGAUUACUUUUUCUCUUAUUUUUACUGCCAUUGUUGAUGUGUUGUGGGACAUUUUUAUGUAUUGAACCUGGGUUCAAAAGACCUGUUCAGUUGUCCCUCCAUUCAACUGCAUCUUUUUUUUUUUAAAAAAAAAAAAACAAAAAACAAAAUUAAAAACUAUUAAAUUCUGCAUGGAAUAUAUCUGCUGUCAUCUUAAUCUUAGUUGGAUCAACCUCAUUUAUUUAUCUUAAAAUUAACCAGCUUUCUCAAUUCCAUCCAAAGAAGACACAGUAUGAAAAUAGAGAGGUACUCUCUAAUACAAUUUACUGUAUAGAUAGCAAGCAAAGUGUUAAAUGGAGAAGAUGCUUGUUUUUAUUAAACAUUUGGAGAUUUAGAUAAUUUACAUUUUAACUGAAUGUCUAAAGUGAUUAUCUUCCCCUCCCUCCCUUCAAUUUGUUUUACAUUUUUUUUUUUUUUUUUGGGGGGUUUCAAUGAAGGCUUUACAUAAGAAAUUAUUAAAAAAAAAACAAGGGGGGCAAUAAAUGUAUAUAACAUUAAUAAUGUCAUGUAGGUGUAGGUUCCUGGAUGCAUUUGGAUGUACAGAUUGACUGGAGGUCUUUUUUGGGAUGAUGAUUGGUGUAGAAACGUAUGGGUUUGGGUGGCCUUUUACAUCUUGCCUACCAUUGCAUGAAACAUUGGGGUUUCUUCAAAAUGUGUGUGUCAUACUUCUUUUGGGAGGGGGUUGUUUUCUUCUUUUAUGAAACUCCUACUGGAGCUAAAUUUGUAAUUUAGAAACAUUUAAUUUUGUUAAUCCUGUCUGGGACAUUUAAGUAACAUCUAAAGCAUUAUUGCUUUAGAAUGUUCAAAUAAAAUUUCCUGACCAAAUUGUUUUGUGACAGUAGAUGUGUUUAUAAUUUGAAGAUACCUGCUCAAAAGGCCACUUUAAAAAUAUAUAUUUAUAAAGCAUACUUUUCAAAUACAAAGGACACUCAUUAAAAAUCCCCAAACUCAGAGCCAGGUAGAUAGUUUAUGCCUAUAAUCCUAGCACCAGGGAAGCUAAGACAGAAGGUUGUAAAGAAUUUGAGAAGUGGGCUAGAGAACUCUGUGAGUUCUGUCUUAACUCUGGGAGACCCUGUUUCAAGGAAAAAAAAAAAAAGAACAAAGGCUGAAUGUUUGUCUCCAUAUAAUUAAUAAAGCAUAAGUAUUUCCUUUAUAUGAAAUUGUGACCUACAAGUCUAAACAUGCAUUGGAUUGCUGUGCCAUGUAAAGUAGAAGGGACUGCAAUGUCAGCUCAUUUAGUGUAUGAUGAAUGAAGGAAGGCUACAGUGAUCUGAAAGAAAUUAUUUUAAUUUGCACAUAUAUUUCAGGAUCUGCCCAUAUUGUGGAGUUUUCCUAGAACCAUUGAGUUUCUGAUUUAGUCAUUUGCUCUGCAGAUUCCCAAAACUGUACUGUAUAUUGGUGGUUUUAGAAAGACUCAGAUCAUCUGUGUUAAACCUUAAUGUGAAACUCAUGCAUUCAGGGCUACAAGAGUUAUUUUUAUAAAUCAAUGGACUCGUGUCUUAAACUGAGGUGUGUGACAUCUUUAGUGUGUGGGGUUUGGAUUCUUAACCUUAAGCAAGUUGUAAGCAAUGUGAAUAGAGCUAUGGUCAGUCAUCUUUAACCCAGCGUUUUGGGUUCAGUGUCACCUACUAAUUCUUAUUUCUCUCUCUCGCCUGCCCUUAUGAUCUUAAACUAGAGCACUGUUUAUUUCAUGUAAUGUUUAAACAUGUAAAGUAUUUCUGAUAUAAGAACACUUAGUCUAUGUGCUGGGGGUGUAGCUCAGUGCUUGCCUAGCUUACACAGCCCAGGUUCAAUCCUCCACACUGGAUAAACUGGACGUGAUGGAGCAUGUUUGCAAUCCUAGCAUUCAACAGAUAGAGGCAGGAGGAUCAGAAGUCCAAAGUUACCCUCAGCUACAUAGUGUCAGGACUGUCCUGUGCUACAUGACAUCCUAUUUCUAAAAAUGAAGCAACACUUUUUCUGUCUAAUAGAGUAUAUAUGAAUUAGACAGCAAAUUUUUGUCUUAAUAAAAUAUUUUUCAUAAUUGUGCAGGUAAAGUGUAGAGUUUUCAGAGAACAUGGUGGUUUCACAUGCACUUAUUUGUUCUAGGUUUAGGUUGAGCUCUGGAGUUCUCUGAAGUUUGCAAUGAAAAAUAAUUUUUAAAUGUAUUAAGAACAUUAAAAUGGAUAUAAAUUAUCUUGAAAGAUCCUUUAUAAAAUGACUUGUAUUGAUUGGUUUAUAACUUCACACAGGAGUGACAUAAAUGUAUAUCUUGAAAAAGAUGUAAGUCAUAGGUGGCUUAGCUCUCACUAGUUCUCAGUUAGUAGAAUAGUUCAAACAAUAUUACUUAUGUUAAUUAGAAGGGGCUUUUGUAUUCCACUGAUUCUGUAUUUAGUUUACUAAUACCUGCUCAGUCUGUCAGCUGAUAGUUUGAAUACUAUCGAAAACUAAGAAUAUACUUUGUAUCUUUAAGCAUGCUCCCUGAAAAUUAACUACAUUAGAAAUUGACAUCCUUAUACUGGUCUCCCAAGUGCAAAAGUAGGAAAAAACAGUAAGGAGCUGGCUAGAGAGAUGCUACCGUGUGCUAGUGUGGUUUGUGGAGAAACCCACGCCCUUAGAAUCAUUGUAUUUGCUAUCUGUACCUCAUGGCUGGUAUGCUUGCGUGUUUCCACCAACAAUGGGUGGCCCUCUUUCUAAAGGUAGUUGCUGCAAAUUCCAGUUCUUCCAGAAGUCACUUGAUUUAAGGGUUUAUCCACAAAUUGUGCUCAUUUUGAUAUAGCAUUUGUUUCCUAAAUGUUUACUAAUCACUUUAUGCCAAAUGUCUUGCAGAUGUUAUUUUUAAACUUACUGAAUUUUUACAAAUAUAAAAAGGAAAAAGUAUAUUAGUGUAAUUUGUUUAGGAAUCGCUACAUACCGAAGGGCUUCUAUACAUGAAUUCUAGGGACAAAAGCCUUUUGUAGAAACCUGCACACUGCAUUCCAUCUGGGUUCUAAGUUCAGAUGUGAACAUUUUUUAGUGCUUCUUUCUCUUUCACUUUUUGAACGUGAUAGAAGUGGUGAAGUUGAGAAGCACGGAUGUUCAUGUUUUCUAUCAUGUAAAUUCUGUAGUUAAGCUGUAUAUUAACUGGUAGAGUGAUCAGCGGGUGGUUUGAAAGACUAUUGAAGACUAGACUAGAUGUGCAGAAAGGGUAGAACAGAAGAGGGGCACACACCUGCAGACAUCCUGCAUGCUUUCUGGUUCAGAUGAGCAUGCCUGAAGGUUUCCUCAUUGAACGUUCCUACUGGAGCCGUGUGUGAAGUGUGUAAAGGUAAAAAGUGAUUUCACAGUUGCCAUAAAAGGCUGCUGGUGAAGUUCUGGUGGACUCGACGAGGUACCGUUUGUUGAUUAUCCCACAUCAGCUUAGGUUGUUUGAAAGUUUGUUAGUGCUCUAAGUAGGAGCUAAAUGUCAGGAGGAAAAAGGUUCUCUGAAGAACAACAGAGUUCUGUAAAAACAAUCUCAUUUGGGCUUCUCAUCUGUGCUCACCUUGAACCUACAAACUUCCAUGGACAGUCAGCAGGGGGAAGACAUGGUGUUUGCCCAUAUCACUUCCAUUUUGUAUACACUCUGGGUUUGUGUAGGCCGUAUUCCAGUUGGCUUUUUAGUAAUAGAAAUCCCUCAUAUAAUGUAUCAGAUACAAUUGAGGUUCUAAUCUAGUCUGUUAAUUUAUCUAAAGUUGCAUUUUUUUAAAAAAAAGUAAUAAAAAAUUAAAUGUA